CCGAUUGUUUGUCCCUGCAGUUUUUAUCGUUAAAGUGUUGUAGUAAGUGGCUGUGGUUGCAUUUCCCACAAUCAAAUGCUUUCUCUGCAAAUUCUCUCAUUUCAUAACAAUCCACCAGCAUCACUUCCACCAAUACCUCUCUAUAACAAGCCUAAUACACUUAUUUCUCACUUGCUAGUACAUAGUGAUGAUUCUUUCAAGAAAAGGAGGUCACACCCAUCUUCUUUUUCUUCUUGUAUUGUACAUGCAGUGGAAAAAGAUUCACAACACUUUGAGGUAGACCCAGAUAAGGCCAGAGAAGCUCUCCAAAAGCUUGACCAGCAGCUCCAAUCCCUGUCCCAGAAACAAAUCAAGCCUCCAAAGAUAAGGGCUUCAGAAGUGGAUCUUAAGGAGGCUCAAAUGACUGAAGAAAUGCCAGAAAUUUCAGAGUCUUUUCUAGUAAAUUCAGCUGUUGCUCUCUUUCUUUUCACCAUUUUCUACAAUAUACUGUUUAUUACUGUAAUAAAACCAGCCAUAGAUGGUCCAGACAGAGUUGUUCCAGCUACUACUACUGUAGUAGAAGCUUCCAAAGACCGAAUAAGUAACUAAAAAGCUUCAUCAGUAGUAGUUUUGAAGAUACUGCCACUGGAAUUCAGUACCAGAGGUUUCUAUUCAACCAUGCAGUUUUGAUUUCCUGAAAGUAGUACUCAAAUACAAAGCUUUGUUGAUUUGUCACUAGUUGUUUUUGAGUGUGAGCAAUGUCUAAACUAGGCAUGAAUAGUUAUGUGACUUUGAUAAUAGCAUAGUAGUGAUAUGGUUAUAUAAAUUUCAUAUCAUGUCAUGUCAAAUGAAUUACUUGAUUCUCUCAUAGUACAUGAGUUUAUUUGAGCAAUAAAA